GUUACCUUGUAUUACUUCAAAGAAAAUAGCAAGAUGGUGGAUGAACGUCGCAGGCGCCACCGUGGCGAAGAUUCUGAUGAGGAGGAUCCUCUGUCUAAAAAUGACCCAGAUAGGGAGUUCGGAGAGGAUCUUGAGCCUAAACGCCCACGUUCUACACGGCGUUGCGCCCAGAACAGGAAGCCUAUAACUGAAGAACCGACUGAUUCUGAGGAGGAAGAUCAACUUCCAGAAGAAGAGGAGGAGCUUGAGGAUGAUGAUGAGGGUGAUGAGGAAGAAGAGGAAGUCUACGACUCCGACGACGUACAAGAGGAAGAAGAGGACGCCGAGGAAGAUCAGGAAGCCUGAGUCUCUUCCCUUUCCUAAAUUAUUUUUGAUGGCUCUUUGAACACAUCUCAGUUUAUAACUUUUGGACGUGAAUAUUGAACUCUAAUAAUAAAUAAAAUUUUGUCACGUCU